UGCGCCUCACAAUAUUGAAAGUGCACCGAGCUCGACUGUCGCUUGUACUACACCGACUCCUGCCAUUCCACUGCACUUCUGAAAGGAUGAAUAUUUGGACUGAACAUAGAAAUCCUGAGGGUCGUACGUACUGGUUCAAUACAGGCACAAGGGAGAGUGUGUGGGAGAAGCCAGAUGACCUGAAGACACCCUUUGAGCGUGCUCUGAACCAGACGAAAUGGAAGGAGUACUUUUCAGGCGGAAGAAAGUACUAUUACAAUACUGAAACCAAGGAGUCCAAAUGGGACAUGCCCGACGAGUUGCUCCUUCUGCUUGAGAAAGUGGAGAAGGAAGGGCCAGCAGCCCCUCAGCCUGGUGUCCCUUCAAACCGUUUAACGGCUCCCGGAACCCCGGGUACACAAGGUGCAGCUAUCCCUGGUGGAGGCACUGAUCAAUCCUCAUCCGCCGGUUCGCAGUCAUUUCCCAAUGGUCAAAUCGGCGACCUUUCCGUCGGGCAACAUACGGGUGCUUUGCCCUUCACACCUACCCAGACUGCGCUGCCAGUGCGGCCCAAUCUGCCAGAUGACCCGGUCAUCCCGCAUAAUGGGUUCGCCACAGUCGAAGAAGGAGAGAAAGCAUUCAUGCAUUUGUUGAAAAAAGCAGGUGUCGAUGCGAAUUGGACUUGGGAUCAGACUAUGAGGACUAUCAUUACAGAUCCGCUUUACAAGGCUUUGAAUACUCUCGCUGAGAAAAAGGCCGCGUGGCAAAAGUACACUGAUGCCCUGAGGGCCAAGGAGCAAGAGGAACGCGAGGCCCGUCUGUCGAAGUUCCGCCCCGCAAUCCGCAAUAUGCUUAAAGGCAAUCCGAACGUGUUCCAUUACACGACUUUUGCAACUGCAGAUAAGCUCUUCGCACAGCAUCCCAUUUGGCAGCAGGCUAAAAUCGAAGCGGAGCGAAAGCUCAUAUUCGAGGAAUAUGUGCAAGAGCUGAAGACUCGUGAAAUCCAAGAGAACCGAGCCGCUCGUGCUCGCAGCAUCUCUAAAGUUGUAGCUUUGUUCAAGACGCUGGACGUCGAUGUCCUUACUCGUUGGCGUCAGGCUCACAAGAUGGUCCUCGAAUCAGAUGAGUGGCAGAAUGACGCUGAGUUACAGAAGUUGCCUACUCUUGAUAUCUUGUUGGCUUUCGAGGACUACAGUCGUCUUCGUGAACGAGAGUUCGAAGAGCAGAUGCGUAGGGCUCAAGUUGAGAAGACGAGGAAGGAAAGGAAGGCUAGGGAGGGAUUCAAGGAAGUCCUCCGUGGAUUGAUUGACCAAGGCAAGAUCAAAGCACGUACAAAGUGGAAGCAAGUCUACCCCCUUUUCUCAAAGGACCAGCGUUACCUCGCCAUCCUCGGCAAUCCAGGUUCCAACCCUCUAGAACUCUUCUGGGACCUCGUAGAUAGCUUAGACCAGAAGUUGGAUGCCAAACUCGCAUUGAUCGAGGAUGCUAUCAAGAAGCAUAAUGAUUCCCUCCCUCAACCUCCUAGUAUUGACGGGGAGAAAGUUGAAAAUGCUGAAGGUGAGGCUGGGGAGAAGGAGCAAGAAAAGGAGAAGGUAGAGGGUCCUAAGCCAUUCAAGGUAGUUCCCGAAACUACCAAGGAGGAACUUCUGGCAAUCGUGAAGGAGGAUCAAAGCGAGGCGCUGCAGAAGUUGACUAGAGAGGACCUGGAUGAAAUCUACCAGACGAUGCAUGAUGAGGCUGUCAGACGACAAGCUGAUGAGAAGCGUCGGGCGGAGAGACGUCAGCGACACCUCCAGGAUGAUCUGCGGUAUGCUCUCAAAAAGCUGCCAGAACCUAUCGAUAUCAACUUGCCUUACGAGGAGGCUGUACCGUUGAUGCAAGAUUUACCCGAGUUCAAGGCUCUAGAAGAUGAAGAGGGUAGACGGGCUGCAUUCUCAAAGUUUGUCAAACGACAGAAGGAGCGCCUGCGCGAGAAGGAGGAAAAGAUUUCGGAGGACGGCGGCUCGACCACUAGUCGCAAACGCAAAGAACCACCUCGUGAGGAGCGAGAGCGUGAACGUGACCGCGAACGCUCAAAGGACCGUCGCCAUGAACGUGAAGAGAAAGAGAAAGAGCCGCAUCACGAACGUGAAUCUCGCAGCUCGAGACAUCGUCAUCGUCACGAUGACUAUGACGGUCAUGAACGUCGUUCCUCUCGGGACUAUACGCGUGAGAGGGACCGUGGACGUGACUAUACCAAGGAGAAGGAUUAUCACCCCAAGGACAAAGACCGCGACUACGCCUAUCGCUCUUCGAAGCAUCAUCGUGAGUACGAUGAUGAUAAAAGACGAGACCGUAGGAGUUCGAGAGGUAGGGGUGAGUAUGACGAGUACAGGCGAGACUGGGAUGAACCCGCCGUAUAUCCUCCCCACGAAGCCCCUCCUUACCGCGAGGAAAAAGAGCGGAGCGCCUCUUUGUACCGAGAGGAGCCUAGGGAGAAGCGACCAUAUGACGAAAAGCUGCUUGACGAGAGGGCAGAGAAGCGGCCUCGUUAUGAAGAGGAACCUAAGCAGGAACCUGAACCGCCUCAGGCGCCAUCUGUUAGAGCAGAAACUCCCGAAGAGGGAGAGAUCUAGUUGCUCUCAUUAUGUUCAUGUCGUAGUGUUUACUGUAUGUCCCAAGUACUGGUAUUAUGCGAAUAUAUGAUGCUAUCAUGAAUGUGACUCUACAACAUCAAUAGGUCCAAUACGAAGACGAGUAUAAGUCUGCUUAUGCUUGAUGGUCCUUUGGUAACCCUUUCGUCUCUUCUUCUUGAAGAUGACCUCCAUCCUUCCCUUCGUGUGCUCCACUACUGUCGCUUGGACCUUAACAUUUUCUGGUGGAAUGAUGGGAUUGCCGCGGAUCGUGAAUUCACGGGAGCCAACCUCGUGAAUUUCUGAAAGCGAGAGGACGUCGCCAACAUUGACGUCUUUCAGACGUGGUACUGUGAGCAGGUCGCGCGGUGCCAGAGUGUAUUUUCGACCAGCAACGGAGGCGACAACAUAGUGUGAUGGUUGUGAUCGAAUGAGAGACAGAGCAGUAGCAGGGGUGCUUGCUGGAGAUGUAGUCUGCGUGUGCAAGGCCCUACCGGCGACCUGCCGCAAAGCUGCUGUGGUAUUAUGGCAUGUUAGUUAACUACCUGUAACAUUAACCUCACUG